UAGUAUCUAAUGCUUUUCUUCUUUGUUUAUUCUUUGUCUUUAUAUAUAUACUUCAUUAGUUAAUCAUUUUCUUAAGUCUAAGAAGCUCUCAGUUCUCUUGGAAAACUUCAAGUUUAAGGACCACAAAUUAAACAACUUGAGGUCUUAGAUUUUAUGAUUUUUAUCAUAUAUAGAACUACUUGGUUUUCCAAAUUAAGUUCUCAAUUCUAAUGGAAAUCAUCAGUAUCCUCAACUGGGUGCACAACAAGCUCAAUGGAAAACAACAUAAGAAGACACUCAACAACCCGGUUAACUUUUCUUCAUCUUUUCACUAUGAUAGGAAAGAAGAAUUCAGUGAUUGGCCACAAGCAUUGCUAGCAAUAGGGACAUUUGGCACCAAUGGAUUCAAAGAAAACCAAGAAAGAUGUUCUUCUUCAGAAGGUGACUCAAAAGAAGAUGAUACACUCACAAUAGACUCCUCCAAAAACUCAGCAUCUUCUUCACUUGAAUUGCUGGAUUUCACAGUUGAUGAUGCAAGCAAUCUUCAAAAAGAACUCACAAAACUAUACACACUCCAACCAAAAUCCAGCAAAUUAGAUGGUUCUAAUCUCCCACUCAAUAGAUUUCUAAACUGCCCUUUGAGUUUGGAACUUGAUACAGUAGCUUAUGAUCAUGAUCAUAAUCAUGAUCAUUUAAGCAACAUUAAUGCUGAAGAAGAAAGUUAUCUUUCACCAAAAAGCAAGAUCAUUUUGAGCAAAGCAAGAGACAUUUUAACUGAUAACAGAAAGGGAAUUAAGCGAAGAUCCAUCAAGUUUCUUCUGAUGAAGUUGUUUGCCUGUCAAAGAGGCUUACCACCCAUUCCUAACGUAAGAGACACUGUUCCUGAGUCAAAGGUUGAGAAGAUAUUAAGGAUGAUGCUACACAAGAAGACAUACCCACAAAGUUCUACCCCAACAACUUCAGUAAAGAAGUACUUAAACAAGAAACCCAGUGAGAAAAGAUGCAAACCAAGGGAUGAGCAUGAAGAAGGAGAAGAUGAAGAUCAACAACAACAACAACAAGGACAGGAAGAAGAAGAAGAAGAAGAAGGAUCUAAAUGGGUGAAAACUGAUUCUGAAUGUAAGUUUCUAUUAUCUCAUUUUUAACUUAUGAUCACCAGCAGCAACAUUAACAUGAUUGAUAUGAUACUCAUUAUGCAU